CGUCAAUUCCUUCAUUGAUUUCAUGAACUUCAUCGUGAAGCUACCUAUCCAGAGAUACUUUUACUGCCCUCGUCUGUCGAGUUUUCGCUUUUGCUUGUGGCUUGGCCCAUCCAACGAAAACAACUUGCAAUAGGGGAUGCCUUGGGCUAUCCCCUGUACCGCGUCGAAUCGUGACCGAGGGCAGGUUCACUGAAAAGAGUUCACUAAAGCAUAUCGAUACUUCUGGGCUUAAGAUCACCUGCAUCAUGUCAAAGUCAACUGAGAACAUCAAACCCAGGCGGGUUCAGAAGGUUUGCACUCUCUGGACCCACGAUGAAAACUUUUCCAAAAAUGAGGUCGUGUUCAACGCCGAAAAGUUUCCUGAGCUGUCUAUCACUCAGGGGUCGUUGGCUCGAAUCAUUGCACUCAAACAGUCGACUGCAGUCCGUGACUUCCAAUCAAUCAAGAACGCAUCAUCGGAACAUACUCGUCGCGCAGAGACGCGCGAGUCUGCUGUCAGUUCUACCGACAUGAGGCACAUAAAGGGAGACGAAACGUCUCGAGAGGUAGCGACAGAUACACAGACGAAGAGGCCUCGCCGGCAUUCCGUAACGCUCACGCUGGACGAGAACGGAUCGCAGUUUCCGUCUAGCCGUGAGAUGGACUUGGAAAAGAGCUACGUUUUUGUGAUCAAGCCCAUGAGCGCCGAGCAGAAGGCGAAAUAUCCCAAUCUCCAGGUUUCGAUAUCUGAAACAAUUGCGAAGGUGUUUGAUUUCCGAAAUCGUAUGCAAAUCAUAAUCACCACAGCCGACGAGGACACUCACUCUGCAUCCCAUGUUGAGAUUGGAUUCAAAGAUGAGUAUCUUGCUAGGGCCGAUAUGUGGCGAAUGGCGAUAUCAGAGCUCAGUCAUAAGACCGUCUACAAGGGACAAAAAUUACUCUUCAUGGGAACCAUCAAAGCAACAGUUAAGAAUGUAUUCAUCAAUGGCCAAUCAACUCACUCAGGAUACUUUUCUUCAGUAACGAAACCAAUAUUUCGUAGCGAAUCUGCGCGGUAUGUCUUGUUCAUCCAAAUGUCGAAGGAGAUGUGGGACUUCGACACCGAAGGCGCCGGGGAAAUAAUGUUCAACAAGGUGGUCAACGGAUUCCUUCCUGAGCUAUUCAAACGCUGGAUGAAGAUCAAUGCCCGUCACCUAGUUACGAUUAUUCUAUUCUCGAGGCUGGAAUACGAGAAUGAGGAGAUUCUCUCUGGGAGCCAUCCGCCCAAGCGACCUCGGCCAAUAGACAAAAACAGCCAGGGCCGACCGUACCAGGACUACUACCGCGUCGUAGUGAACGAAAUGGCAAGCGGAGACUGGAUCAAUAUCUUAUACGAACUCAAAAAAGAGUUCAAAGCUUUUCUCCGGGACGUCUCGCUCUUGCAGAAAUAUGACUCGACAGAAAGCGACCCUAAGAGGGAGAAGGCUUCUGAUAAGGAUGCUAAGAAGAAUUACAUCAUAGCCGGCGCGCCUUCCAUGGCAACCAACGGCAACAUUCUUGAGGCAAUCAGUCUGGCAUCCGUCCAAUUUGCUAAAGACUACAUCGACCGCGACCUAGUUCGAACAGGGAUCUCUGUCGUUGUGAUAUCGGCAGGCACGGGCAUAUUCGAGGUCGACUACAAUAUGCUUAAGCUGACGACUGAUACGCUGAUUGGCACGGGCAUUGGCAUUGACCUGGUUUGCCUAUCACCUAUUCCGUUGCACUCUGUACCCUUGUUUAAGUACCGGAAUCCCAAGAUUAAGUCCAGUGGAGCGCCGAAAACGAUGACUCGCUUCUCAAAUCGCGGAUCACCCGAGGACGACCCAUAUCAAGACGGCGACGACAAAACACCCAAACAAAAUCGGCCAAGUUUUGGUCAUCUUUUCAAUCCUUCACCAGAGAAGACGGCGCACCUGCGUUCGCCAAUGAGAUUGCAAAUGGCAAAUGAGCCGGUUACUGAUGAAUGGAGUUAUGCGAUGCCGCACUGGAUAGACGUGUCAUUUUGGUCUGGCCCUUCUGAGGAGAUUGUGGAAUUGUCACCACCCAAGCGGACCAAGGGCUCUUUGACACGCUUGCGCAACAACGGAAGAAAGUUCAAUCUCAGAUGUAGAAUGUACGAACUGCAGAUGAUGGGAAUCAUGGAAAGCGAGCUAAGCAACAUCUCUAUUCCAUUUAUGGAGGAAGAGCUAUUGUUUCCUUACGCCCUUCGAGGUUUUUCUGACAAAGCGACCGAGAUGCACAACGGCUUCACAGAUACUCCAAUCGUAUUUCCCAGUUCCGCAUCAACAGCGGGACAGAAUUCGGUCGAUCACAAUCACGCAGAAAGCUCCCUCAAAGAAGGUCGCAAUAUACAAUCGACAUGGAUGAAAACGUACGACGAGAACCUCUUCAGGUCACUACCCGAAAAGCGUGCUGCUGAGGAGAGAAUCCUCAAAACAGGGCAGGAUUGGGCGCAGCCGCAUAAUGGGGACUCACAUCAUUCUCUUCCGAAGGACUCUCUGCUCUCCGCAUCUUUCAAUGAAUCGAUUGCUUCUCUCGGAAGCUCCGCACGACCACCACCCGAAACCAAUUUCCAUCAGCUCAUGAAGGAACGGUCCAACACCUCUGAGUCACCCCUUCGUCGUCAAUCACAAUCACGUGGAGGGGGAUUUAGGCCUUCCGAUUUAUCAUACCGACACGAGGCCUUUGACAGCUAUAGAUCUAUCCGACGACCCGCAUCUCUGAAAGGAGAUGGAGACAUGCCACCAAAGUCUGAGUAUGCUGAGACCGAAAACGCCGUUCGGACGCAACCCCGAGUGACAGUAUCGUCUCCACAGAACGCACGGCUAAGUACAAAAGAUGCUACUUAUAUCAAAUCACCGCUGCCACAUACACCCCAAGCGCAAUUAUCAAAGCCCCAAACCAGCCCCGCCAAUUCCACAAAGUCAAAGUCUGAUGCAAAUCCUAGGCAAGCGGGAUGGUUAUCAAGACAGAUUAGUUUUGGUGGCCUUGGGUUCGGGGCUUCCAAAUCCGUAGCCAGUGCCACUGUAUCCUCGGGAACGGUGGAAGCUACCAGGAUGACAGUAGAAAACAACCAGAAGGGUGCUAUUGCUGCCAAACUUGCGAGUACCAGGACUCAGGAAAUCGAAAGCCCUUCACAACCAAUUGCCAUCAAGGCAGCCUCGCGUCCCAACGCUAUUCUGACCCACUCUCCAUCUGAACAAGCUUCAAGGUCGGUGGAAACCAUCAACGGUACGAAAGCAGGAGGUGGAAAUAUUCAGCCACAGUCUCUUACGAAAGACCCGAACUCCCUUUUCCUGAUUGCUGCCGGAUCGAAAGAAGCUAGUCGAAAGCCUACUCUCUCGUCCAGCGGCGGCGCCCAGAACAUUCCACGCACCCUAUCUCCAACGAGCGCACUCUCUCCAUGGCUAGUUCUGGUCAACCCCUGUAACCCCAAGAAAAACAACAUGAAUCUUGCAAAUCAGUUUCGACGCUGGCAGCACGUCUUCCCGAAGCCACUCCGUGCUUCCGCGAUCAAAUGGAAGUCUCUUUGCUCUCCGGCAGCGGUUCCACUAACGAACGAGUAUUUCCCCACCGCUGAGCAACUCAGAACGGAAUAUAGUGAAAAUCCGUACAAGAUCACCCAAAACGAGGAUGAUGAAAUGUCUGAGGCGCCGAAAUCACGUGAAUCUCUAAUACGUGAGCUGAUCGCAUUUCGACUGUCCCAUGGAUUCCAGAUCGUAGUUGGAAGAGCUGUCGCAGAAGUUGCAGGUGGUCGUGAGCAUGACAUUGCUGGAAUAUUCGAUCCCAAAUACAUGUCACAUGAUGGUGACACAGUUUUCAUGUGUGUGGGGAGCACCAUUCAUCAGCUUGUUUGCGUAGCCGGUGGUGAAGUUGAAAUCAAAAGGUUCAGUCGAAAGCCGACGACUGCCUUAGAAACAUCUGCGGGGGUAGACUCUCCUCUACUUUACCAGCCGCUUGUUCGUACAGCUCUGGAGAAGGAGUAUGCUGCCCGCCGUAUCAUCUUGAAACCUCCAAGGAGGGAGUAUAAUUGGAAUUACAUCGACACAUUUCUCGCAGGAUAUCACGAAGAAUUCUCCGAUUCUCUCCGCUUCUGGCGCGCUCGCUUUGUUCUCAUCCCAGUUGAGCUACCUUCUGUUGGUCGUCGGCCACUCCCUCUUCUCAGCGAGGACUCAGAGGAGGAAGUUCGAUUAGAAGGCAUCCGGAAAUUGACCCAGAUAUGGCAGCGGUUCCGCUACACACCACCAGAGGAAGGCCACUUUCAGGCUUCGAACAAAAAGCGGAAAGACCCAAAUCCACUUGCUAUCGAGUACCGGACCGGAGAUCCGUCUGUGAUAGUUUCUGCUGGACCUGAAAGCUCGUUGUUGGUCGAUGGAGACGCUGCAGACGUUCCGACUCAAUUAUUUUCGGAGAAUGAACAGUAUUCAACCUCUAAUAUUGAUGCUAAGAGGUUAGCAGAGGAUCUUCAGGGCGAGAAAGGAAUCCCGAUUGUUGAUCGAAGAUGGCAUUUUCGUCUGCAUUACCAUUGCUUCAUUGGAUUCGACUUUGUCAGCUGGAUACUCCAGAAUUUCAAAGACAUUGAAACUCGAGAUGAGGCAGUGGAACUCGGAAACCAGCUAAUGAAAAAGGGUCUAUUUCAACAUGUCCAAAAGAAGCAUCAAUUUCGAGACGGAAAUUUCUUCUAUCAGAUAGCUCAAGAAUAUCGGGCUCCUCGUCCAGAUUCAAGGACUGGCUGGUUUGGGACCCGUCGCUCAGACAGAUCUGUGCCUUCGACGCCGCUUUCUGAGCCACCCAAGUCGUCGUCAAUGUCAUCUCGCACUAGUAGAUCGCGUCCGAGCACUGCAGACUCCACCGGAUCUGCAGAAGGCGAAAAAACGCCGACACGAGCAGGCACUCCUAAGCGGAGCGUGUUUCUGAGUCGAGUGAUGCGCUACGAUGUGGACCCUAGGAGACGGUCGUAUCGGCCUGAGAUUAUAAAUCUGCACUACGAUCGUCUACACAAUCCUGACAACUGCUAUCACAUUCGAAUCGAUUGGAUGAACGUUACAGCGAAGUUGAUCGAAGAUUCUGUUAGUACUUGGGUUACCUCGAUCGAGAAAUACGGCUUGAAGCUUGUGGAGGUACCCAUCGCGGAAGCCUCAAGUAUUCGCGAUGCACAUCCGUUCCGCUCUCCAUACACCAUUCGUCUUGCAAAGGAACCGCCCAAGUCUCAGCCGGAGCAAUAUUUCGAUACGACUCAAUUUGCACCACAGCUGAAGAUCGACAAGCACGUAUACCACAAAGCUCUUUUACGAAAACUGGGUUUUGUACUGGACAUCGAAGCUGCGUCAGCGUUUCCUUCUGACGUAGACGUCAACUACUCUUGGGGAAAACCAGACUACCAAUACACACAAUUUAUCCACAAAUCUGGUUGCCUUCUCGCGCAAAUCAAUGAUAAAGGCGAGUUCGUGCUACUUGCAAACCGACUCUACAACAACCGUGCCGCAGCAUCUCGCGAUGCUUCGAGGUUCAAGCCGACUGAUCCAUAUGAAAGACGACCUGGUACUACGAGCACUUCAGGAUCAACCCCUUCAGAGCGACACACGGCAUCUCAUCGGUCACCAUUGUCCUCGCCGCUAGCGCGGCCGGUGCAAGAUUCGUCCCUUCUCCAUGCACUAGCCGAGAAGCCUGCGCAGGCGGUCAUACAGACUCCCGAAGAAAUCAAAGACGAGAUUGAGAGAUUCUGCUUUGAUUCUAUAGCUCUUACCCAAUUCUACGAGGCCUACGAUGAGGCAGUCAGGAGUCGGGUCCCAGUGAGUCCGAGCCCGCACCUUGCACCAAUUCCGGACGGAAUCAUCCCGACAAUUGGAUUGGCUCCAAGCAUCACUGUGCGCGAGGCUAGCCCGGCGCCGAAUCUUGGAGCUGCUUUGAUGGGGAGUCAGUUUUCUAGUGGAUCGUAUGGAGGUAGUUCAAGAAGUAGUGGUAGGGGCUCUGAUGAUAGUGGAGGAGGAAGGGGUUCGUCUACGUGAACUGCCACAUCUGAAAUGCAACGGACAUGCCCUAUUCGGGCUGUCACCGAAGCCGGAUGGUUUAUUUACAUUCAAUGUGAGCGGCGUCUGAUAUAUCACCUUAUUUGUACUCCAAAUUUCAACAUUGUUUGUAAUAUUAUUGUAUCUGUCCAAUUUCCAAUUCAAUACACGGAGUAUCAGUCCGCAUUUAUUGCUACGACAAGCGCAACUGUCCAAGAAUCUGAUGGUCAUGGCACAUCGCCGAUUUCGACGCCACGUGCGACAUUGCGUAAGCUAUCACAUCGCACACACUGUUAUCAGCG